AUGGAAUCUUUUCCGGGGCAGAUUGGCGAAACUUUUUUGCUACCAGGUGCACUUCGCGUCGUCAACGGAAUAAAAGAUGAAGGCAUCUUCGUUGAGAAGACUUUCAAGGCACACGUCGCAGAUUUCUAUUUCGACUUCAGAACCAAUGCAGUCGAGCCACUGGGAGCUUUCGUCGGAAAACUUUGUCAGUUCAAGGAGCCGAUGCUUCUGAGACGAGCGACUCUGAGAUGCAAUGUCCCCGGUGCUGAAACGACUCCAGUCCAUUACGACCAGAUCUUCUUGCGAGCCGGUCCACCGACAUCAAUUACCGCGUGGAUCCCACUUGGUGACUGUUCUGUGACCGGCGGAGGACUGAUGUACCUCGAAGACUCGGUCAAGAUUGGGAAGAAGAUUGAACAAGACUUUGCAGAAAAGGGCAAGGAUUUAACCGAUGAAGAGCGUAUUUCUGCUUAUAAUAAGAAUAUGAUGGCCGGCGGGUUUUUGGAUCGCAAUGCAGCCACAUUUGGUAAAUUCUGGGGACGACGAUGGCUCAUAACGCCGUACGAGGCCGGCGACGUGGUUUUCCACAAUCCAUUCAAAAUCCAUGCAAGCUGUCGUAACGAGAGUGAGGAGGGGGUUGUUCGAUUGUCUACUGAUUUGAGAUUUGUAGACAAAGCCGAGCCUUUCGAUCAACGCUGGCUGUGUGAUGCAUAUCAACAGAACGAUCCAAACGUCGCUAGCCGACAGAAGAAGAGCCAUAUGUAG